AUGGGUUCAUCGCAAGGCUCCACACUCUCGUCUGAUGUGAUGAGCCUUGUGGAUACAUUGCCUGUGCUUGCGAAAACGCUUAUCGCUGGAGGAGCUGCUGGUGCUUUUGCUAAGACUGCUGUUGCUCCCUUGGAAAGGAUCAAAAUUCUAUUGCAGACUAGAACAAACGACUUUAGGACCCUUGGUGUGUCACAGUCACUAAAGAAGGUAUUACAAUGUGACGGUCCUCUCGGAUUCUAUAAAGGAAAUGGGGCGAGUGUUAUUCGGAUUAUCCCAUAUGCAGCUCUUCAUUACAUGACUUACGAAGUGUAUCGUGACUGGAUUUUGGAAAAAAAUCUCCCCUUAGGUUCUGGUCCCAUUGUUGAUCUUGUGGCUGGUUCAGCUGCAGGGGGAACAGCAGUUUUGUGCACUUAUCCCCUCGAUUUAGCUCGUACUAAGCUAGCUUACCAGGUUUCUGACACAACGCAGAGUAUUCGAGGUGGUGCAAACGGAUUUUACCGUCAACCUACAUAUUCAGGCAUCAGAGACGUGCUUACAAUGGCUUAUAAAGAAGGGGGACCACGUGGGCUAUAUAGAGGCAUAGGGCCAACACUGAUCGGCAUUCUUCCUUACGCUGGCCUGAAGUUCUACAUAUAUGAGGAAUUGAAAAGACAUGUUCCUGAAGAGCAUCAAAACUCUGUUCGAAUGCAUCUACCUUGUGGAGCUUUAGCUGGUUUAUUUGGCCAGACCUUCACUUACCCAUUGGAUGUUGUUAGGAGACAAAUGCAGGUCGAGAAUCUGCAGCCUAUGACGAGCGAAGGUAACAACAAGCGUUACAAGAACACAUUUGAUGGGCUUAACACGAUUAUUCGAACUCAGGGUUGGAGACAGUUGUUUGCUGGUUUAAGCAUCAACUACAUUAAGAUUGUUCCAUCGGUGGCGAUUGGAUUCACGGUGUAUGAGUCAAUGAAGUCAUGGUUGCGAAUUCCACCUCGAGAAAGAUCAAAACCAGCUUGA